AUGACUUGCGGUGACAUUCAAAAGGAGCUUGCAACGUGUUGUGCACAUGAAGUUACCAAGGUGAUUAUGGAAGAGCUUGGUGAUAGACAAUUUUCCGUGCUUAUUGACGAGUCACAUGAUAUAUCCGUCAAAGAACAAAUGGUGGUGAUGUUAAGGUUUUUGAACGACAAAGGGAGUGUUGUGGAACGAUUUAUUGCUUUACAUCAUGUUAAAGAUAUUACAUCUGAUUCAUUAAAGAAUGCUCUUUAUGGUAUUCUUGAUAAUUGUUCAUCUAUUCAUGAUUUCUUUGAGUACAUCACCUUGAUUGUGAAUACAACAAGCGCAUCUUGUAAGAGGAGGGAUGCUUUGACAGAGGCACAACACCAAGAUAUUUUAAAUAAACUUGAGAGUUGUGAGUUAUCUAUAGGAAGGGGCUUGCACAAAUCAUCUAGUCUCACUAGACUCGGGGAUACUAGAUGGAGUUCACAUCAUACUACAUUGCUUUGUUUGGAUCAAAUGUGGUCCUCCGUGUUAAAGGUGCUUAGUAUGGUUGAUGAAGAUAGACGUGAACCAUCUCAAGCAGCUGGUUUGAUAGAAAAAAUGGAGAGCUUUAAAUUUGCUUUUAUUUUGAGGUUAAUGUCAAAGUUGUUUGGUAUUAGAAACGAGCUUUCAAAUGUAUUGCAAAGAAAAGAUCUUAAUACUGUGAAUGCCAUGGAAUUAGUUGACGUUGUCAAAGCUCGGUUGAGCACAAUGAGAGAGAAAGAGAAUGGUUGGAAUAAAUUUUUUGCCGAUGUCCAAGAAUUUUGUGUUGCGAAAAGUAUUCUGGUACCAGAUAUGGAUGACGAAAUAUCGGUUCGAGGUCAUUCAAGAGCAGAAGGGAGGACUAUCACUAAUCUCUAUCAUUACCGUGCAGAGAUUUUUUAUGUUGCUAUUGAUAAAAUAUGUGUGGAGAUGGAUCACCGCUUCAGUGAAGGAAGUAACAUGAUACUUGGUUACUUCUCAUGUCUUGACCCUAAGAACUCUUUCUCUAAAUUUGACGUUGAUAAGCUUGCUCGUCUUGCUAAUAUUUAUCAUAAAAUUUGUCAAUAA